AUGAGCGCGUCUGUCCCAACCACCGAUAGCAUCCCAACAGCUCGGCAACCGGAUAUUGAAUACCACCCAAAUUACGACAAGUAUCUGCAACGCACAGCGAGACGCCUUGCUGAGAACCCGGAUCUUCCCAACACACCUCUUCCCCCUGGAUUCCCGGCCAGGGUAGACGGACCUAUUGUAUGGGAAGGCAAAGACUGGACAAGCGAGAAGCAGUGGGUCUAUGUCUUGAGCGAGGAAGAGUUGAAGGAGAUCGACGGCGGGUUGGCUCAUUUCAAAGGACUGAACCUCGAACUGGGGCAUGUUGGAAAGGACACCUUCCCUCUUCCGACUCUCGCACCCAAGCUCCAUGAACUGUGCAAAGAACUGUAUUCAGGACGAGGUUUCUUCGUCCUGAGGACCGUUCCCAUCGAUAAUUAUUCUCGGAAAGAUUUGGCAAUCAUCUACGCAGGUAUCUCGUCUCAUGUUGGUUUAGGACGGGGGAAGCAAGAUGGCACAGGUGCUGUGCUUGCACACAUUAAGGACCUCACCGUCAGCCACGCGCACGAAAAAGGUGGCAUCGGGAACUCUGCCUAUACAACCGACAAGCAGGUCUUCCACACCGACGUCGGCGACCUCAUCGCCCUAAUAUCCCUAGAAGUCGCAGAGAAGGGCGGUACAUCCAGGAUAAGCAGCGGUGCGCGGGUCUACAACGAACUUGCAGCCACACGUCCAGACCUGGUCCAUACCUUGUCUGAGCCGUGGGCCUUGGACAGCUUUGGGGGUGAUCCCGGAUAUACUACCCGACCUGUCCUCUAUUAUGAGGAUGGGCAUGUUAUUAUACAGUAUUCGCGGCGACAUUUCACUGGAUAUGGACUGCAGAAACGCAGCGCCAAUAUCCCCCCAAUCACUGAGGCGCAGGCCGAAGCCCUCGACGCUGUCCACUUUUUGGCGGAGAAAUACUCUCUCGGCCUCAAUUUCCAGAAAGGUGAUAUCCAGUAUAUCAACAGUCUAGGGUUGCUGCAUGCUCGGGACGCUUUCACGGACAGCAAGGAACACACACGACACCUCAUCCGCCUUUGGCUUCGAAAUGACGAGCUUGCUUGGAAAACACCAAAAUUAUUGCAACCAAUUUGGGAGCGCUUGUACUCCAUCUCGCCAGAGCAGCAGCGUUUCGCGCUGGAACCUGAGAUUAGACGAAAGGCAAAUGGCGCGACCAAGUAA